AUGUCUAAUGACAGCAGCAUGAGACCAGCUCCACAAUCCAGCAUUCCAGGACCAGACCACGUUGCAGCACAAGAGGCCUUUUCAGUUUGUCACCCACGCUUGGAUGAAACUGCACUAACACACUCCGCUCUGGACCAGGCCACUGCUCCAGCCCCCCUGGCCAGGCCACUGCUCCAGCAGCCACUGCUCCAGCCCCCCUGGCCAGGCCACUGCUCCAGCCCCCCUGGGCCACUGCUCCAGCCCCCCGCCACUGCUCCAGCCCCCUGGCCAGGCCACUGCUCCAGCCCCCCCCAGGCCACUGCUCCAGCCCCCCCCUGGCCAGGCCACUGCUCCAGCCCCCCCCCCCCCCCCCCCCCCCUGGCCAGGCCACUGCUCCAGCCCCCCUGGCCAGGCCACUGCUCCAGCCCCCCUGGCCAGGCCACUGCUCCAGCCCCCCUGGCCAGGCCACUGCUCCAGGCCCCCCAGCCCCCCCUGGCCAGGCCACUGCUCCAGCCCCCUGGCCAGGCCACUGCCCCAGCCCCCUGGCCACAGUGCCAGCCAGGCCCGUGCUCCAGCCCCCUCGGCCAGGCCCCAUUUCCAGCCCCCCGGCCAGGCCCCAUUUCCAGCCCCCGGCCAGGCCCCAUUUCCAGCCCCCUGGCCAGGCCCCAUUUCCAGCCCCCCUGGCCAGGCCCCAAUUCCAGCACCCCCCCCCCAGCCCCCCUGGGAGAGAGGGAAGGAGGACUGGCUACUGCUAAAGUAAACAGAGUUCCACAUGAGGCUCAGACAGGAUGUGAGGCUCAGACAGGAUGUGAGGCUCAGACAGGAUGUGAGGCUCAGACAGGAUGUGAGGCUGAUCCGGCAGAAAUCCCCUUCCCCACUGCUACGCCAGAAAUAGCUGAGGAAAAUAAACUAAACAUUCAUCAGUAG